AAGGAGCGCGCCGGGAGCGGCCGGGGCGGCCCUGGCUCCCUGUCCCGGGGGCGGAGGCGCGAUGCUGCGGGCCCAGCUCAAGCUGCGGGGACAUCACUGAGGUGACUAUGGAGGUGAGUGGUCUCCCACUGGAGCUGUGGCGCCUGAUCUUAGCCUACCUGAGACUUCCAGACCUUGGCCGCUGUAGCCUAGUGUGCAAAGCCUGGUAUGAACUCAUUCUCAGCCUGGACAGCACCAGGUGGCGCCAGUUGUGCCUGAGAUGCAUUGAGUGCCGGCAUCCCAACUGGCCCAAUCAGCCUGAUGUGGAGCCUCGGUCUUGGAGAGAAGCAUUCAAGCAACACUACUUGGCUGCUAAGACGUGGACCAAAAACGCCCAGGAAUUCGAGUCUUCUACCUGUCUUUACCUCUUCCGGAGGAGAAAGGACCGGCGCGUUCUCUAUGUUGGACCUGGUUGUGAGUUUGACAACCUUGGAAGUGCCUUGACCUCAGCCAACAUUUAUGAUAAGAUUGUGUUAUUCCCAGGCAUCUAUGAGGAACAGGGUGAAAUUAUCCUGAACGUGCCUGUGGAGAUUAUGGGCCAAGGGAAGCUUGGAGAUGUGGCUCUGCUGGUUUGUGUGGAUCAGCACUGUGCCACAACACGGCUCUGCAACCUUGUCUUCAUGCCAGUGUGGUUCAGCCCUGUUAUGUACAAGGUAUCUUCAGGUCAUGUCCAAUUUGAUAACUGCAACUUUGAGAAUGGGCAGUUGCAGAUUCAUGCUCCAGGAACAUGCCAAGUUAAAUUUUGUACCUUUAAUCAAGCCACCAUCAGCCUUCACAAUGUAGCCCUCAGUGUCCUUGAAAAUUGUGAGUUUGUUGGGAGUGAAAUUGCCUCUGUGACUGUUGAAGGGUAUCCAUCCUCUGACAGGAACUGGGCGUAUAAGCAUCUGAUGGGACUGAUCAAGUCCUCUUCUGCUUUUUCAAUUACCCAAGACCCAGCACCUUUUAACCCAUCAAACCAAGAAACCUUAGGGCAUCUGCCCACAGGAAACUUAAGGACAUGUGAGAUUGUCAUAGGUGAAAACCAGAGCAACUUCCUUCCAACUUCAAAAACCCCACAAGCAUCUGAAAAAGAUUUUCAGGAGAAUGAAAUUAACAAGGACCUUUGCUCCACCAGGGAUGGGAAGGGGAUUGCCCAUGACACUUACUCCAAUGACAGUGGCCAGAGUUCUAGCAAUGAAAAUGAACCUGAAGACCAGUACAAAUUCUCCCACAAGGCACCCAGUCUGAGCCACACACUGGUUAGGCCUCUGCCCAGGAGGCCACAAACCACUCGAUCAUCCAACCUCCAGAAGAGCCUAGAAUUGAAAACCCUGCACCAGGAGCUUCAGAGGGACAGCAAGGCUCAGUCCCUGGCCAAUUCCCUGCAGGGCUGCCUCAUUCGGAAGUGCCUUUUCAGAGACGGGAAGGGAGGCGUCUUUAUCUACUCUCAGGGCCGUGCCAAGAUGGAAGGGAACAUCUUCAGAGACCUGGUGUAUGCUGUCCGGUGUGUGCAGAAUAGCAAGAUCAUCAUGCUAAAGAAUGACAUUUACCAUUGUAAAACAUCAGGAAUAUUUUUGCGCCUGGAAGCAGGAGGCUUGAUUGCUGACAAUAACAUUUAUUCCAACUCCGAGGCUGGUGUAGAUAUCCGAAAGGGAGCCAACCCAUUCAUACUGUGUAAUAAGAUACACAGUGGCCUUCGUUCAGGCAUUGUCGUCCUUGGCAACGGAAAAGGCAUUAUCCGUAGUAAUCAAAUAUAUGGAAAUAAAGAAGCUGGCAUUUACAUUUUGUAUAAAGGAAAUCCCAUUGUGAGUGGAAACCACAUUUUCCAAGGUCUUGCUGCUGGCAUAGCAGUAAAUGAGAAUGGAAGAGGACAGAUAAUAGAAAAUGUUAUACGUGAAAAUCACUGGGGUGGUGCAGAUAUUCGCCGAGGAGGUGACCCUAUUCUCAGAAGUAACCUCAUCUGCUUUGGCUAUUCCGAUGGUGUGGUUGUAGGAGAACAGGGAAAAGGACUAAUCGAAGGAAAUACUAUAUAUGGUAAUAAAGGUUGUGGCAUGUGGAUCAUGUCCUCGAGCCUCCCACACAUCACAAGCAACCAUAUUGCCCAUAACAGCAUCUAUGGGGUAGCUGUAUUUUGUCAGAAAGAUGAUGCUAAUAAUUACCUCAGUAGACAAGGAAGCAAUGAAAACUUCAAUGAUGAAGGUGAAGCUUCCAGCUGGGAAAACGACCGGGAUGGUGAGGAGGACCAGUUCUCCUCCCGGCAGCCAAUCAGCGUGGCUCUCAUCGAAUCUAACAAUAUCGACCACAACGGAGCUGCUGGGCUGUAUGUCAAGAGCAACGAAGCUCUGAAUGUUAUAGCCAAUGUUAUCCAUGCUAACAAGGAGAGUGGGUUGACCAUAUUGCAGAGCACGCAGCUCACCCGGAUCGCCAACAACAGCAUCUCCUACAACCAUCUUGGUGGGGUCCUUGUCGAGUCAGAGUGCAGGGUCGAGCUGCGUGGAAAUGGCAUCCACAACAACAGGGGCCCUGGUGUCUCCUCCAAGGGAGAUGGGACCAUCCUGGAAAAUGACAUCAUUGGCAACCGGGGCUGUGGGCUACAGUUACUGCAAGCGGCAAACAUGAAGAUCACCAAAAAUAGGAUCCAUUCCUUCCGGGAUUAUGGAAUUGUAAUGCUUGACCAUGUCAAAGGCCUGGUGCAGGAAAAUAUGAUCUUUCAAGGGAAGACCAAAAAGACCAUCUUGCAACAGGUUUCCAAUCUUGAAGACUGUUUAGUUGAAAACAACAAUUUUUUGGCUUUCAAGAAGUUUGACGACCCUUGGAAAUUAGAGAAUCCCCCUGCAAGGCCUCACAUCGAAGAAGCCAGAAGAAGCAUCUCUGUGUCCCACAACAGUCAAAAGGUGGUGAACAUGACAAGCAGGAUAGCCACCAGAGUGGAAGGCAGAUGCCCCAACAGCCGCAGCAUCUUCUGUACUAUCCUGUGACAUUGCCUCAGCAGCUCCCGUUGUCCGUCCUUUGAGCUCGGGUCUAGGCUGAGAGACCAGGGGGUCACUUUGGCCCACUUGAGUGCUCACUCUCCCCAGGAACAGAGAGAGGGGAGGGGAAUAUUUUGGGGAUUUUUGACAGGCUGCACAAGUGAAAUUAAUUAGGAUUUGGGGUGUGCUUAUAUGAACUCCUGCCUUUCCCUGUGGGGAAAAAUUAGUGCCCAGCAAGCCCAAGACCUCCAAGCAUUCUGGGAAUUGGAACAAGUACCUGAAGGAAUCCAAGUCAUAUUUUCCUCCCUCCCCGGAAGCUGGUACAGAAUUUGGCAUGGAAGAGCCCGGGAAAUUGAACUGGACUAUUCUUUGAGGAGGAGAAAGAAGUCUGGGUUUCCAGUUACUGAAACUGUAGGCAGACCCAAGAAGGGGAGGGCAAAACCAAACAGUAAUUGUGGCUUAAGGAAAAGGGGAAAAGGUAUGUUUCUUAAGGUCUAUAAUAGGAAGCACCGUUUCAAGUCAAAAGACUUGGGUUUGAAUUCUCUCAAUUCCUAGCGGUAUUGCUCUGGUCCAGUCACAUAACCACUGUUAAAUGGGCCUCAAGUUUUCUCCUUUAUGGAAUGAGAAGGUUUGGAUCAGUUGAUCUCUGAUGACCCUUCCAACCCCGAGAUCAUAAUGUCCUGUGAUUUUGUAGAGAACUGUUUGCUGGGAAGACCUGCACAUCAGCCUUUCAAGAGUGGCUCCCUCAGGGCUCCCUGACAUCUCGGGACAUGCUACCUUUGGGGUUCACACCAGAAUCUGGUUCCUGACAAGAUUCAGUUUCUCCUCCCCAGAGCUUGGUCUGCUUUAGCACCAGCCAAUCCUCAGGAAGAUCCUCAUCCCCGACAUAGGGUCACGACUCCCUGCUGGGUGCAGAUGCCAUGCCAGGCCCUGGGAACAAAGAGAAGCCUAUGUCACACCCCCUGCUUUUGAGGCUUAAUGGGGCCACCAAUGACCAGAGCAGGAGACCCUGCGACCCACUUGUAAUUAAUUACACUACACCGAGUCUCAUUCACUCUGCCUCUCACUCAGCUCCCAGCCUCAUGCCUCACCACGGCAGGAGUACCUGGGGGCUCACCUGGAAUACAGGGUCCAAAGGGUCUUGCCCAGAGAGAACGGCUUCGAUUCCCUUCCCAGAGACAGACCAUGUUUGUCUCCAAAGACAAACCUCAGCCAAGUGUGUACAGGCCUUAUGACCAGAAGACGGACCACUAGCCAACUAAUUAUCUGGCCAUGGUGUCUUUUCUCACACACACACACACACACACACACACACACACGCAGACACACACGCACGCACGCACGCACACGCACACGCACACAUGCCCACAGAGCCAGCACCCACUCGUACCAACUCAAUACAAAUGCAGCUUAGACAAUCAGAUCCAGGGAGACUGGAAAAUCUCACUGUGCUUUGCUUUGCUCCUUGGAGCCUAGAGGGCUAGGAAUCGUCGUGUCUGGGGGUCAUGGGGGCAGACCUGUAAACCCACAGGCCCAGCCCCUGAGGAGCGGCCGUCUAUGGGCCACCAUGGGGCUCUGAUGUAGUAAUGCCCUAUGUAGCUUUCCAUCAAGCGAGGCUUUAUGGCUUCUGGGGCAAAAAAAGGAUGCACAUUUUGGAGGGAACUGCAUUGUUUGCACUGUGGCUCCAAUGCUGCCAGCUCCCCUCUCAGGGUGGGUGAGGAGGAAGGGGGACUCCUGGGGAAGAGGAUGAGGCUGGAAAUGUGGGGCCAAGCACGGGCCUGUCCUACAUUGCAAGGGCCCCACAGUGCUGGUCUCUCACGUGCCCUUGGGCUCUUUCCAUUUCUUCUUUGAUAAACACUUUCCACAUGGCACAGGUAGGGCCCCCUUUUAAGAUGUAUAAUGUGCAGCAUUUCCUAUUUUUAAAGAUAAAUCGUUUUUAUGUGA